AUGGCAUCUGCUACCCGCUUCAGACUCGUCUUCAACGUGCCCACAUCGUCGCUGGCUCAAUGUAAAGAGGCCAUUUUCGCUGCUGGAGCAGGUCGCUACCCCGGCCCGGGUAACUAUACGGAGUGCUGUUGGACUGUUAUCGGGACUGGGCAGUUUCGCCCUGGCGAUGCAGCCAAGCCGCAUCUUGGCGAAGUCGGCAAGCUUGAGCAGGUUGAAGAGGCAAGGGUCGAAACCAUUUGUGUGGGUGAAGACGUUGCCAGGAAUGCUGUAAAAGCCCUGAAAAACGCCCAUCCUUAUGAAGAACCUUCCUACUCUGUGUACCGACUAGAGGACUUUUGA